AAGGAAAAAGCCACGAGCUCUUGCUAGCAGCUCGUAAGCCGGACAUCAUAUCAGCCCUUUGCAAGCAUUGAUCCGAACUUGCCACGAGGCCCACAGGGUAUAAUCGACAUCACUUCGUUCACCAUGCAGCCCCCAUUGCCCUCUGCGACGCCGACUUGGCGCAACGAUACGUAUGCCGCUAUUUCGCCCUCGAAGCCUGAGCUCAGCGCUUCCGGCAAGACCGUUGUCAUCACCGGCGCAGGAACCGGUAUUGGACGAGAAACCGCCGUGGCAUUUGCAGCUGCCGGAGCUGCGCACGUUGCUCUGCUCGGACGAAACAGCGACUCGCUGAAGCAGACAGCCUCUGCGCUGCCCUCUUCCGUUACGACUUCGUCCCAUGUGGUCGAUGUCACACAGGAGGAUGCUUUGGCUCAGGUGGCCAAGGCAAUUGGCAAAUGGGACGUGCUUGUCCUAGGCGCCGGCUACGUAUCUUCGCCGUCUACUAUCGCUGCCUCCGACUUUAAAGAGUUUUGGCAGAGUUUUGAGACUAACACAAAGGGAACGUAUGCAUCGCUUCAUGCCUUCUUGCCCACGGCCAACGCUGCCCAUGCGUCGGUUGUGGCGCUGACCACGGGCACCACCGCCCUCCCAGCUUCCAUGGUGCCGGGCCUAUCCGCUUACAUGUCUUCGAAACUCGCACAGACGAAGCUUAUCGAGUUCUUGGCUCUCGAACACCCUAAUCUAUUUGCCGCGACCCUGCAUCCGGGAAUGGUCGAGACUGGAAUCUUUACCAAGAGCGGUGCCUCGGCAGACAGCCUGCCGAUGGACAAAGUCCAACUUCCGGCCCAUUUUACUGUCUGGUUGACAAGCCCUGAAGCAUCCUUCCUAAAUGGUCGUUCGGUCUGGGCGAACUGGGAUGUAGAUGAGCUCAAGGCAAAGAAAGACGCUAUCCAACAGAGCCAGCUCUUUACUGCUGGCAUCAACGGCUGGCCAUUCGCUCCAUAAAGGGUUUUAUAUAGGCAUGCAAUAGCAAUAGUUUAAAUUGAAGCUCAAACUUUAACUGUAGCCCACACAGUCGUGAUUUACUGCACAAGCUAGUAUGGGAAUAGUUGAAUUGACUGCAAGGCUCAGUGGUAUCUUCUCAUAACUAAACUGUAUACUAGUGAAAUUGGGUAAAGCCCCUUGCUACUAUGUAGUACCAGUUCUUAUCUCAAAUUGUAAUUUCAAGAUGCCUGGGUUUGAUGUAAAUUGAUCUCUCACCGUUUCCAGGGCGCUCAGGCUAUCAUCCCCUGGUGCAGGUCGGAAUCGAUAGUUCUUCAAGAUCCUUGCCAACACGAACUUCAUGGUAUCCAAAGCCAGGGUUUUCCCAAGGCAACUGUGGUGGCCGGUGCCAAACGGUGCAUAGGCCGCCGGGUUAAGAACCAUUUCGGGACGAGUGGUCCAACGCUCAGGGAUAAACUCCGAGGCCUGCUCAAAACAGUCCUCAA